GCAGCAAAUGGGGAAAAAAAUUCCAUCAUUCAUCUAGAAAAGCUGGAUCUGCUCAGAUGAUCUAGCUGGUAGCUGCCAUGAACAGAUGCUGACUCUGGAAAAGAAGGGACUGGAAAGAUAUCCAGGGAUAAGUCCUGAUGGUUGAGAAGGGUGGAACUGAGAGCAGUGUCUGAGAAUCCUGUCUGAUGGGUGUUAACCUGCAGGGAGGGGGAAGGCAGGAGUGGUUGUGUUCUUCUGCAAGAACCCACAAGGUAAGGAUUACAAACCCCACUGAAAGGCAAGAAGUCAUCUCUGGUUCCAGUUAUCCCAACACAGGCUGGUGUGGCCAGCUCUGGUGCUGAAAUUAUUCCAGAAUCCCAGACUGGUUUGGGUUGGAAAGGACCUUAAAACUCAUCUCAUUCCACCCCUGCCAUGGGUAGGGACACCUUCCACUGGACCAGGGGGCUCAAAUCAAUCCCUGUCCCUUCAGCAGCUUUAUUCUCUGGUGCAUGGGGCCUCUCUCACCAGCUGAAAUGCAGGAGAGGUGUUUUCUCUCUCUCUGACCCCUUUUCUGCUUGCAGAAGGCUCCCAGCAGCUGGAGCUUCCUCAAACUCCCUGCCAUGGAGGUGAAGUGGAUCCAUGUGUUGGUUGUCUUCCUCUUCCUGCUGUCUGUGGCAAUGACAGGCUGCUUCCUGUGGCAGUACAGCCUCCCCAAGGUGGAGCCCGGCCCUUCUGUGAUGGAAGUGAGGUCAGAAGCUGUGCAGAUGUGUCCCCGCUACCCUGAGCCGGUGCCGCUGGACCACCCCAUCCCCAUCCUGAAGGAUGCCUUGGAGAAGGUGGAUUUGAUGCUCAGGCAGAAGAUGCACAGCUCAGGGCUGCCAGCCAUGUCUGCCAUCGUCAUCUACAACGACACAGUGCUCUGGACAGGAAACUUUGGGAAGAAGAACAUCUCCGACCCCUCCUCGGCUGUGCCCAACGAAUACACCAUUUACAGAAUCGCCAGCGUCUCCAAGAUCUUCCCCACCAUUAUGCUGUACAAGAUGUGGGAGGAAGGCAAGGUCACGUCUCUGGAUGACCCCUUGGAGCGUUAUGCCCAGAACUUUGUUAUCAAGAACCCCCUGGGAAGGCUGAGGGACUCAGAGCAGAGGUACACAGCAGAUGGGCUGGUGUUUCUGGAGAAGGGCUCGAUGCCACCGAAGCCAUCGCCCGUCACCCUGCGCAGGAUGGCCAGUCAGCUCUCAGGUCUGCCCAGGAGGCUGAGAUCCACCAGCCUGCUGUGGAAGGGCACCACGCAGGACGCCCUGGCUCUCCUCAAGGAUGAUGUGCUGGUGGCUGAUCCAGGAACCAGGUGCCACUACAGCAACCUGGCCUUCUCCCUGCUGGCCCACGUGCUGGCCGAGCACGGGGCCGACGGGCAGUACCAGCGCUGGAUCUCGGAGCACAUCCUGGACCGGCUGGGCAUGGAGGACACGGGGUUCGACCUCACGCCGCCCGUCCGCUCCCAGAUGGCCGUGGGCUUCUACGGCAGCCGCCAGCCCGCCCCGCUCUACGACCUGGGCUGGUACAGACCCUCUGGGCAGAUGUACUCCACGGCCGCCGACCUGGCCAAGCUGGCCAUGGUCUUCUUGGGCACCUACCACCGCCGGCUGCUGGAGCCUGACACGGUGAAGACCAUGCUGACCCCGCUGCUCGAGUGCUCCAGCGACUACUUUGCCAACAAGACCGGCACGCCCUGGGAGAUCAACGAGCAGCUGGGCUACGAUGUCAUCAGGAAGGAUGGGGACCUCGAUGGCUACUCAGCCACCUUCUCUCUAAUCCCCAAGCUCCACCUGAGCUUCAUCGUGCUCAUGUCAGGGCCCAGGCCUCAGGGUGGGGAUGUUGUGACUCAGACUUACGAGUACCUCAUUCCGGCCAUGGAGACGGCUUUCCGGGAGGCAGAGAAGAGCGUGGUCCCCCCUCCAAACCCCAUCCCUUAUGUUGGCUACUACACCUACUCCAACCUGACUUUCUAUGAGAUCAAAGUUGGCAUUGGUGGGGUGCUGAUCAUGCAGCAGUUUGGGCCUCACGUAGAAGAGCUAAUCCCCGAGAAGUAUCGGACAAUCAAGCUCCACCACCUGGAGGAUCGUGUAUUCCAAGUUGUUUUUGACAAGGAGUUCCCGUGUGUCCUGCACCUGGGCUCUGCCUCCAUCUCCCUGGAGACCCAAAAUGGGCAGCUCUUUAACUUUUACCCCUUUGACCGCAAGGGUUUGUCUCCUGGCUUUGACGCCCCGGGGUUGAACACCUACAACGUGGUGCGUGUGCUCCGCAAGCCCGUGUUCUACAGCUAAACACCCCCUGCUCCCCUCACCUCUUCUGGGAGGUGGCUUCAAAUCUGUGUCUUAUCAGACUCUGGUCGGCUCCAUGGAAGCCACUUAAAAGGGAAAGGUGGUGGCAAAUGGCUCUUUUGCCAAACAAACACUUCUAAAAUGACUUCCCGCUUCUGACAUGGGUUUAAUGGCUGGCAACCCCCCAAAAUGCACAACAGGCCAGCUGGAGAUGCCUGCAGAACAUAAAAAAGAGGUGGGAAUGUGCUGAGGGGAUUGUGUUUGGAUGCCAUAAAAACAAAACUGAGCACUGAAGUGUCCAUGCUUUCCUUGUCUGUUUGAUGACCAUUGUAGUUAUCAACUGGUAUCAUCAAAGGCUGAAAAUGCCCUGUGUCUCUCAGAAAAUAUCUCUUCUUCAGU